AAAAAAAGAACACUUGGUAAGCUGAAACAUAAGCCAUCAAUGGUGGUGCUUGACAUGGCUUCUCACUUGUACAUAAAUCCACCUCAAAACCUUCACUUUCUUCCUUCUUCUUCUUCUUCUUCCCUUAAACCUCACUUAUACCUCUCUUUCAAACGCAUAAACCCACAACCCAAAUCCUCAUCCUCCUCCGUCUUCGUCCCUUGCGCAUCACAGAGCUCCAUUGCCAUUACUUCCAACGAAAGAUGGUCUCUCAAUGGAUUGUCUGCUCUUGUCACCGGCGGCACUCGCGGAAUCGGGCGUGCGAUUGUGGAGGAAUUGGCUGGUCUUGGAGCAAAGGUUCACACUUGCGCUCGAAAUGAGAACGAGCUGGAGAAUUGUUUGAGUGAUUGGAACCGUUAUGGUCUCAGAGUUGCGGGAUCCGUCUGCGAUGUCUCUGAUCAAUCUCAGAGAGAGGAUUUGAUGGAGACUGUAUCAUCUGUCUUUGACGGGAAGCUUCAUAUCCUUGUAAACAAUGUUGGGACGAACUAUUAG